AUGGUCAUCCAUGCCGACCGCAGGCCAAGUUAUGAGCACGUGCGCCAGUACAAUGGUCCCGAAGCUUCUGAAGUGGCUGCAUUGAUCCCUGGAAAUGAAAACGGAGAGAUUGGCCGAAGAGAUAUCGUCGUUUGCAGGCGAGGGACUGUGAACAGUAACGGGAACGAAGUGUUGGAUCCGAUUUCAGUCAGUCAUCGUGCAUACGAUCCAUUGAGUUACGUGCUUUUGUUCCCGAACGGUAGAGAUGGAUGGUAUCCAGAGCUUCGAUUCUCCAUUGACCAGUUCUGCAAAGUGGAGGCAGAAAGGCUUUCGUAUCUCCGCCACAACCAGACACAACUUCGAGCCGCCGACUACACCUCACUUCGCGACAGCCUAGGAGACUCCGGUCGUGCUGAAGAUGAAACCGACGCUGUACGUGCAGGACGACUGUUCAUUCUCCCUUCUACGCACAUCGGAUGUGACCGCUACAUGAGGCAGCAUAUGCACGGCAUCAUUGCUAUAUCUAACCAAAUUGGCCACCCGGACAUCUUCCUCACCAUGACAUGCAAUCCUUGCUGGCCGGAGAUCACAAGAGCCCUGCUGCCCAAUCAAACUUCUCAGGACAGACUGGAUCUGUGCGCACGUGUGUUUCGUCUCAAAAUGAAGGAUCUCAUGUCCUUGGUCAUCAACGAGGAUGUGUUCGGAACCGUUGUUGCCCAUGUACGAGUCAUCAAAUUUCAGAAACGAGGUUUUCCCCACGCUCACGUGGUAUUCUUCCUAGAUGAGGUCUCCAAGAAUGAUCUGCGUAAUCCCGAAAACGUCGACCGCAUUAUCUCUGCCGAGAUCCCGUCUGCCCAAGAUCCAGAACUCCAAGAGGUCGUGCUUAAGCAUAUGAUUCACAAUCCAUGUGGAGAACGCAAUCCAACAGCCGUGUGCAUGGGCGAGCAGUACUGCAGGAAACGGUUUCCAAAACCGAUCAAACACGAAACCAGCCAGUCCGAAAGUGGCGUCUCCAUCGGGCGUCCCUCCCGUAUUGGCCGACGACAGCAAUCCGUCGUGGUCGACAACUCCUGGUUCGUGCCCCACAGUCCUCUACUUCUAAGAUCGUCCGCUUUGCAUUUGAAUGUGGAACUCUGCGUGUCACGCGUUGGCGGAAUCAGGUACCUCUUCAAGUAUGUGUGCAAGGGACAAGACCGAGUGAUCAUGGAAAUCACUGCCAAAAACGAGUGCUACGACGAGAUCUCGAACUUCCAAGAUGCCAGAUACGUGUCUGCAUCGGAGGCCGCAUGGAGGUUAUUCUCCUUUGAUAUACUUUCAGUGCAUCUGCCCAACCACCAUAUGGUUUACUUUGAGGAAGGAAGAGAGCAGGAGGCGGCGCUUCGACCGGCAUCAGGUACGAAGCUGACCGAGUGGUUCAAAGCCAACGAAAAUUACCCAAGCGCGAGGCAUAUUCGGUACCACAAGUUUCCAAAGUACUUUACGUGGAAGAAAAGCAGCAAGUCAUGGACCUAUGAUUUCAGUGGCACGGGCGCCAACGUAGUCGGUCGAAUCUAUACUGUCAGUCCGAGGGAGGGUGAGCCCUACUUUCUUCGCCUCCUCAUCACACAAGUGCCGGGGGCAACAUCCUUCGAGAACUUGCGAAACAUCGACGGCGAGCAGUGCACCAGCUUCCGACAAGCGUGCUUACGACUUGGUUUGCUGGCCAACGAUGCCGACAGUUUCGCGAUGAUCACCACGCCACAGCUUACGUGCUUGGAGAGGUACAGGAGGCCCUGCAGACGGUGCGUUCCAACUGGACGCUCGCACACUUCGGACUCCCACUCCCCGAUGACAGCCUGCCCGCUUCGGAACAGACAAACGAGAUCCAGACACCCGAAGCACAAGCGCAGUAGCGUAUCCGUCUCGGCAUUGCUUCAAGGAUCCUCCAGCGCCGUUGCCGGACCUUCUAUGCCAACACAAAGUAGUCGUCUCUUCUUCCUCGAUGCUCCUGGCGGAACAGGCAAAACGUUCGUGCUCAGCGCCAUUCAAGACUUCCUUCGUUCGCGCCCCAAGCAAGUCAUCGCCGUCGCCAUAUCUGCUGUUGCUGCAGUGUUGCUCGACGGUGGACGCACCGCUCAUUCCGUGUUCAAGAUUUCCAUUCCUGUAUCUGCUGAAAGCACUUACAGCUUCUCCACAAACUCCGAUACCGGUCGUACAUUGCAACAAGUCGAUCUUAUCAUAUGGGACGAGAUCGUCAUGUGCUAUCGAAACUGCAUUGAGACUGUCGAUCGCUCCCUUCGCGACUUGAUGCAAGCCGACCGGCCCUUCGGAGGAAAGUUCCUCGUGCUCGCUGGAGACUUUAGACGAAUCCUUCCCGUCGUUCCGGGCGGGUCCAGAGGUCAAAUCGUGAGCGCGUGCGUCAAAUCUUCCCCGCUGUAUCGAGAGUGCCGAUUCCUGUGCCUUACCGAGAACAUGCGCCUCACUGCUCUCCAAGGGGACCCCGCAGCAGAUGUGGAGGCUCUCAACUUCCCACAGUUCCUCCUCAGCGUCGGGGAAGGCAGACUUCAAUGCGAUCAGCGCCCGGAAUGGAUCUCACUACCACAGUCCGUAGCGUUCGAGCACACCAUCCGCAAUUUAUGCCUCAAGGUCUUCCACGGCAUUCGAGACAAUCACGCCGACCCUACAUGGCUCACAAAGCGCGUUAUACUCACCACAAAGAACAGACCGCUCGAGCAGGUCAACGAAGUCAUCGGCAACAUGAUGCCGGGACCGUAUCGAACAUAUUUAAGCGCAGACAAGGUCGAGAGCGAAGACACCAACGCGCUGAUCUAUCCCACGGAAAUGCUCAACACCUUGACGGCCGGGUCUGAUCUACCAGACCACAAGCUCAAGCUCAAGAAAGGUUUCAUCGUCAUGCUUCUGCGCAAUCUCGAUCCCACUUCCGGUCACGUCAACGGCGCUCGAUAUGUCAUGGAGAAAAUGACCAACAACCUAUUCUUUCUACGCGUUACCUCGGGGUCACAUGAAGGCAACAGACUCUGCCUUCCACGAAUGCCCUGCGGACCAGGUGACGACAAAAUCCCAUUCCUGGCUUUACUCGAACGCAGUUCCCCAUUCGCACGUGAUUCGCCCUUACAACGAACAAAGCCCAAGGCCAGUCCUUCGGUGGCCGCAUUGGUCUCGACCUACGAGAUCAUUGCUUCUCGCACGGUCAACUCUACGUCGCAUUAUCGAGGACUACUCACUCAGGCAACGUCACUAUCCUCACUCGAGAGUCCGAUGCAACAACGCGAAACGUAG